AUGGAGCAACAGACGCUUAAACGUCUUAUCCAAGCACGUGGUCGGCUAAAGGCUACCAUAACUCGCUUGGUGAAUUACAUCGAGAAUCCACCUCCACAGAGCACUUACUCCGGAGUCGAUGCCAUGCUGGAACGGCUAAAUCAAGCAUUCAAGAGCCUUGAGGAGGUCACCGACGAAAUGCACUUGUACGAUAAUGUUGAGGGUUUCGAGGAUCCUACCGAAGACUUCCAAACGUAUGAGGAGAAGUACUUGCACGCGCUUACCUUAUUCGCGUCGUUAAAGAGCGACCUUCAGCCAAGCGCCAUACCGCAAGCGGAUCACAACAUGGCCACAUUGCUGCAACAGCAAAGUGAGUUCCUUCAGCGACUUUCUGAGAACGGAACAUCUACCUUGGCCACGCCGCCGCCUGCUGCAGUUUCUUUAACUGAAAAUCCGUUGCCGAAAAUCCACAUAAAACCCUUUGGUGGAGACUACAAGGAAUGGCCAGCCUUUAAGGAUAUUUACGAGAGCACCGUCCACAACAAGACUCAUCUGGGAAAGAUUCAAAAGUUUCACUACCUUAAAUCUUUCAUAGUUGGUGAAGCAGCCAAUCUUCUUAGUCACAUGUCCAUUACGGAAUCAGCUUAUGAUUCAGCAUGGGAACGCCUCAAUGAACGCUAUAACCGCCCAAGGCAUAUCGUGAACUCCUUACUGGACACCUUCAUGGAACUGGUUGCUGCCCCCAACGGCGAAGUAUCUAAUCUACGCAAACUUACUGAUGGCGCCAUUAAAAUCAUUCGUGGGCUAGAUGCAGUUGGGGAGACCAGCCGUGACUGCUGGGUGAUUCAUCUUGUACUGGCUAAAAUUGAUUCCGACUCUAGAAGCAAGUGGAUAGAGGACACCAGAGGCGCUGCGACGCCAACUGUUACAGACUUGUUUAAAUUCCUUGAUGAUCGUUGCGAGGAUUUUGAAUUAAGCCAAGCUACAUCGGCAAUCAAACUCGAUCCUGGCAGCCACACAGACAAGCCUGCCAAAACAAAGCGCGCACUUAUUGCAGUGAGCAGUGGCAAUUGUGACGCAAAACAGCACAUCAUUAGCACAGUCACCGUGAUCAAAAGAAGCACAUUGCCCACAGCUUUGGUGUAUGUCCAAAACACUAAAGGUUCUUACACAAUUUGCCGUGUGCUUUUGGAUAGCGGUUCUGAGCUGUCAUACGUUUCUGAACGAUGCGUCAACGCACUUGGGCUCGCACGUUCACCCUCAAGAAUACUAGUUUCCGGAAUAUCUUCCGUCAAGGCCGAAACUACUAGAGGAUUGGCAACGCUGCAUAUCAAAUCAAUGGUGUCACUGCAUACGAUUGUUGUCGCAGCCCAUGUGCUGGGCAAAAUCACAUCAUCACUUCAACGGGACGACAUUGACGAAACAGCUUUAAGGAUCUACGAUGGACUCCAGUUAGCCGAUACAUCCUUUAACACAUCUUCACCAGUAGACAUUUUACUGGGAAAUGAACAAAUUUGGUCCGUUCUGUCAGGUGAUAAAAAAUAUGACGCCGAUGGAAAUAUUAUUGCCAUCAGCUCGAUCUUUGGAUGGAUAAUCACUUCCGUUGCAAUGCCGCAUCCAUUAACCGCCAACACGCUCGUGACUACUGUUGACAUAAACGCCUCUCUUCAACGCUUUUGGGAGAUCGAGGAUAACACUGACCACAAACAACAAGACCCUUCGCACGAAAAGGUGGAGCAGCACUUUUUGACCACACAUUCCCGAGACCCAGACGGCAAAUACACCGUUGAAUUCAAACCACGAAAGCCAAGAGUUGGAGACAGCCUGCAGGGCGCUGUCUCACGCUUCUAUGCUGUGGAACGUCGCCUACAGCGUGAUAUGGAGCUACGCAAGCAAUAUUCAAAAUUUAUGAACGAAUAUCUAAGCCUAGGUCAUAUGCGUAAGCUGGCCCCAGAAGAAUGCAAUACAUCAGGCAAAACGUUUUACAUGCCACACCACCCAGUUCUAGGAAAGAAGCUGCGCGUGGUAUUUGACGGGUCAUUUGAAGACGUAAACGGCCACGCUCUAAAUGAUGCCUUACACAUUGGGCCCAGCAUUCAACGUAACCUUUUUCACGUAUGCCUUCGCUUUCGAAUGCACAAGUUUGUGUUUUCGGCGGACAUAGUCAAAAUGUUUCGCCAGAUCUGGGUUGCCCCUAAGCACCGCAACUUUCAACGGAUCGUAUGGAGAGAUGCUCCGAAUGAUCCUCUUCAACACUUUCAACUCUGCACAGUUACCUAUGGAACAAGCUGUGCACCGUUUCUUGCUGUCAGGGUACUGGAACAACUAGCGCGAGACCACCAGGAUGAGUUUCCCACAGCAUCAAAAAUUGUGCUUGAGGACUUUUACGUAGACGAUGUCCUUACUGGCGCAGAAACUGGAGACGAAUUACUUAGCCGCCGCGACGAACUCAUCCAGCUGAUGUCCAAGGCUAAGCUUGAGCUUGGCAAAUGGGUGUCCAACAGCAGCCGCCUCAGCCACACCAUACAAGAGGAGCUCCCAAUAACCAGUGCGGUGAAGGUUUUAGGAAUGCAUUGGAAUCCCCAAGACGACGUCCUGUCCUACAAGACUUCACUUUCCACGGAACCAGAAGCUACUAAACGGCAAGUAUUGUCAGAUGUCUCACGAAUUUUCGAUCCUCUAGGUAUUCUGGCGCCUGUGGUAGUACAGUUCAAAAUCCUUUUCCAAGAACUUUGGCUACUUGACCUGGACUGGGAUUCAAAGCUCCCACCGAAGCUGGCUGAGUGGUGGCAGACCUGUCGCGACGAUAUUAACUGCAUAACAAACCAAAGGAUUCCACGUUUUGUACCCAGCGAAUCGGGAAAAAUCGAAUUACAUGGAUUUUCAGACGCGUCUAUAAAGGCAUAUGCCGCUGUCGUAUACAGCCGUGUAAGCAACGCAGACGGCACCUGCUUGGUGUCACUUAUGGCAGCCAAAACACGGGUUGCGCCACUAAAGCAACAAAGUCUUCCUCGGCUGGAACUCUGUGGAGCGCUAUUGCUCACUCGCCUUCUCCGAGCUGUUAAGGAGGGCUUACAGCACAAGGACAUAAUUGUGCAUGCUUGGUGCGAUUCCACGAUUGUCCUUUCGUGGCUGUCGCACACCCCAUCAAAGCUGAAAACCUUUAUUGCCAACCGUACUUCGGAGAUCCUGGAUGUCAUACCACGCAGCGCAUGGCAUCACGUUGGCUCAAAGGAUAACCCUGCCGAUUGCGCAUCGAGGGGAAUGCUAGCAGCCAAUCUCAUGAGCUAUGAGCUGUGGUGGAAGGGUCCACAUUGGCUACACCAUAACGAUCUGCUUGCUUCAAAGCUUCGUAGUGGCAACAAUCCCAACACAAUUUUGGACACGCCCAUAAUGGAAGGGCUGAAAUCCUCUUCACUAUGCAGCCGUAUUGAAUCUAAACCUGAAGCGUCCCCGAUUGAGUGUCUAUCGCUUCGAGUUUCUUCCUGGACCAAGCUGAUUCGCUGCACUGCUUAUGUUCUUCGCUUUAUGAAUCGAAGCAGAAUGAAGAAGCGGAUUCCGUCAAGCCUCACACUCACGUUUGAGGAAAUCAGCGAGGCCCGCAUUUAUUGUCUCAGGCACGCUCAAGAAGGCUUCUCAUCCGAUAUACACCUGUUGAAAAGGGGAAAAGCUGUUGCAAAUUCGUCAACACUUCGAACACUUUCACCCAUGGUUUGCAAGAACGGCCUGCUUCGUGUAGGUGGACGCCUCUCAAACUCGCUACUACCGGAGGAAGUCAAGCAUCCAAUUAUUCUGCCAAAAGGUCAUCGCAUUUCUCUGCUUAUUUUGGAGCACGAGCACAGGAUACAUCUUCAUCCAGGUGUGACAGCACUUUUCGUCAUCGUUCGGCAACAAUAUUGGAUAGUUGGCGCACGCAACAUGAUUCGCAAGCUUACACAUUCUUGUCACAAAUGUUUUCGCCAACGCCACAAAACAGCUGAUCAAUACAUGGCGGACUUGCCAGCUGUUCGGGUACGUCAAGCAUAUCCAUUUGAAAAUACUGGGUGCGACUAUGCCGGACCGCUUCUGCUCAAGGUGCACAAGGGAAGGAAUCCACGAAAGGAAAAAGGAUACAUCUGCCUAUUUGUCUGCCUAGUGACCUCCGCAAUUCAUUUGGAGUUGGCUACAGAUCUCAGCACGGAGACAUUUCUCGCUGCACUUCGUCGUUUUAUCUCCCGUCGAGGCAAGUGUACCCACAUCUUCAGCGACAACGGUCGCAACUUUGUGGGAGCUAAGAAGGUGUUAGACGACAUGUAUAAGCUCAUCCUGUCACAGCAGCAUAACACUCAAGUAACUCAAUCGUUGGCCAGCGAGGGUAUCAAAUGGAGUUUCAUACCACCGCACGCACCCCACUGGGGCGGAAAAUGGGAAUCAGCUGUUCGCUCCGUAAAGCUUCAUCUGCGUCGUGUCAUCGGGAAUUCCAUCCUCACAUUUGAGCAGAUGCACACCCUUCUGGCUCAAAUUGAGUCCGUCGUCAAUUCACGCCCUCUCUUCGCUACGUCAGACACCGAGGUUUCCUACUUGUCACCCGCACACCUGCUGAUUGGACGCCCUUAUACAUCAGUUCCAGAGGGCGAUCUUGGCCACAUAGCAGUUAACCGACUGGAUUACUGGCAAAAUGUACAGGCAAUGCUACAAGGCUUUUGGAAGAGAUGGCAUCAGGAGUACCUCACUACACUUCAACAGCGCCCUAAGUGGAAUACGGAGAGGAAGAACGUUGCUACUGGGGAUAUGGCGAUCAUCAAGGAUUCAAAUACACCCCCCGCCGCUUGGGCUUUGGCGCGCGUAAUUGAAGUCUAUCCAGGCAAGGACGGGCUGGUACGCGCCGUAAAGCUGCGAACUUCAUCAGGAGAACCUGUUAGACCCAUUUCUAAAAUUGCCAUUCUGCCUAAUUCAGAAACUUAG